CCGGAAGGACCAAUCCAUCCAUUCGCUGGUGCAAGAGACGUCAACCGGCCUAGGCAGGCAUCCAGCGGAACGCAGAACAGGAUCCAGCACAGGCGGCCGAAGCGUCCAAAGCCAAAGGAGCCAGCGUACCGUACUCAGGCCCCCGUCUACAAUCCCCGUAUCUCUGACCUGGUUUUCGAACGCGCUCUGAAGACUCCAAACAUCUCGUUGACGUCGGAAGAAUUGUUAUCCAUAGCUCCGGAGGUCCGGGCCAAAUAUAGGGACAUUGUAACGCCCAAGAAGGUACCGGCCCCACCAGCGGUACGCCUGCAAGCCACGAUUCAGGAGGUGGAAGACGAGCAAGAUGGCCCUGAACUACCAAACGUGGAGCAGUUGAUUCAUAAUGGACGCUCGAUCCGUCCGGGAGUGCUUGUGCUACCCGAUCCAUACGAGGUUUAUCUCCGGAGUUUAGGUCCGGGGGAGACACCGAAGCAAUUAAUCGUGGCCAAGGAGUCGCAUGCGCUUCGGUCCAUUAUGGGACUUAUUGACAACCAGGAGAAGGUCGAAGCGAUUUUAGAUCCAGGUUCUCAGAUCGUGGCAAUGUCGGAAGCGGUUUGCCACACUUUAGGCCUCCAGUACGACCCCACCAUACAACUCCAGAUGCAAUCGGCAAACAAAACAAUCGACAUGUCUCUGGGACUGGCACACAACAUACCUUUCCAAGUCGGAGAUAUUACCGUUUACCUCCAGAUUCAUGUCAUCAGGGAUCCGGCCUACGAUAUCCUACUCGGACGACCCUUUGAUGUUUUGACGGAGAGUUGCAUCAAGAAUUUCAAAAAUGAGGACCAAACGAUCACGAUCAACGACCCCAACUCCGGGAUUGUUUCCACCAUUCCGACAUUUCCAAGAGGUCGUCCUCGAUUUCGAGGCCCCGCCUCUCGAGCGGGAUGA